AUGACUGGGCGGCGUGAUGGUCUAAUGGUUAAGGUCGCCUGGUGCUGUUUCGCAGUAACCGGGUUUUCGAAUGUGACAAAAAUAUCCCCGCGUAUCACAUGCUUCGUGUAUAAUGCGUCGUUUAGCACGAUGUUCAUUUACGAUGUUUUGCGCUCUGUUGAAUCCUCUGAACUUUGGAAGAGUCUAACCGUUGCUGUCGAGGGUAUUGUAAUAAGGUUGAAUAAAUUAGGUACCAAACCGGUUGUCAAACCUGCUCUUUGGUCUGAUAAUUUUAAAUCUCCUAUGUUGUCUAAUUCAGUUGGCGGCAAACGACCUAGAUCUGAUUUGAUAGACAAUCAUUCAGGAAAUGACAAAAAUGUCGACAAAACCGGCGUUCACAAAGAAAAUGAUAAUCCCUGGUUGACUGUCCCAAAACCUUCGAGAAGUACAAAGUUUCAGAGACAUCCUGCACGUUUGGUCAUCCGCUCAAGUUGUCUACUCAUAGUUUUUAACACGAAUCAUGGGAAAUUUUGUUUUUCCAAUAGGGUGGUUGAGUUAUGGAACGGCUUGGAUGCGGACAUUGUGAUGGCUAAAGAUGUUGAAACAUUUAAAAUGAAGUUGGAUCGACAUAUGAAUUCUACGAACAUGAUGUUCAACUGGAGAUCCUCGCUUGGCCAAAUGCCAUAG